AUGACCCUUAUUAUUGGUAAUAUAGGAAUUGGCCUGUUCAUCUUGAUCUUACUUUGGAUAAUCACACUUGUUGUUUUUGUUAUCGGCGUCAAACUCCAAAGUAACAUAUCCUGGAUCACAUUGGGAUCAGCCACAGCAAUAACUAUACUUUUAGUAAUAAUACCUACAGAUAAGGGGACCCCUGUUGAAGAGUUUGAAUCAACAGAAAAAGACUACUGUAUUAUAUACAAAAACCUACUACUGGCAAUAUUAUUACUCAGCUGUUUCCUAGGAUCUGUCUGCUUCUUUAUUUUCCACUGUAUUGAACCAGUACACCCUAAACCCAUAAAAAGUUUCUAUUCUGAAGAAUACUAA